AUGACACGUAGCGGCAACAACGAUGGUGUGUACAUUAUUGGUCUAGGCCACCAGUACCCCGAGCAUGCAAUCAGGCAGGAGGACUUUGAGGGACUCCUUCAGCGUCUAUACCCCGAGCACGUCUCCUUACCAGCUGUGCAAGAGCUUAUUGGCUUCAACACAAAGACGCAAAUCUCUUCCCGUCCAACAAUCUUUGAUUAUACCAAAUGGACCAAAAAGGACGCUACACCACCAACACUCAGUUCAACAUCCCAUGACUUUCGUACCGUAGGCGUCACUCUCGCUGCCUCUGCGUGUAAAAAGGCCAUGCAAGAAGCCAGAACCAUGCCACAAGAGAUUACACACAUUGUUGCCGUGACAUGCACCAACUCUGACAACCCAGGCUACGAUCUCUUUGUGUGCGAGAAACUCGGUCUGGGACCAGACGUCCAGCGCGUUCUUGUCCAGGGCGUGGGUUGCGCAGGAGGAUUGUCAGCAUUGCGCGCAGCAGCUGACAUUGCAGCCGCUGCAUCGCUCAAGAGACGAAAAGCACGAGUCGUUGUUGUCGCAUGCGAGCUUUGUAGUCUCUUCUUUCGGGCAGAGAUGCAAAACAUCUUACAAGGCGGAGACGAGACGCUGCGUAUAGCACCCACCUUGUUCUCUGACGGUGCUGCCGCACUGGUAGUGUGCAACGAACUUGCAUUGGCUCCGUGUCAAAUCCCUGUUUACCAAUUGAGGGAAUGGGCAAGCAUGGUGGCGCCGGGGACGUCCAGCUUCAUGUCAUAUAAUUUUGGGAAAAACGGCUUGAUAGCCACCAUUACGAAAGAUGUUCCGAAAGCAUCAAUUAAUGCUAUUCCGCCGAUUUUCCAACAACUCUGCAACACAUCCAACGUCGCUAUUAGUAAUAGGGUACCGUUGCCUCGGGUUCCAGCAGAAUUUGAUUGGGCAAUUCAUCCCGGGGGUGCUGCCAUCUUGCACGGCGCCAAAGACUCGCUCGGUCUUACUGACGACCACAUCAGAGCCUCUCUCGACGUCUACAAGCGCUAUGGCAACUCUUCGAGCGCAUCUGUACUCAUCGUGCUCGACAAUAUGAGACACUUUGGCCCUGGUAGAGAUGAUGUGGUUGCCGUUAGCUUCGGGCCAGGGUUGACAGUGGAAAUGUGCAUGAUGACGCGAUGCCGCACCUCAGAUCCCCGUAGUAUGUCAGUUCAUCGACGUCAAAGAGCGUCUUCGUUCUGGGCAGCACUGCACUCCAGAUUUUCGAGGAACUCUGCAACACGACAUUGUGGCUCAUAA